AUGGCUGAUCAUAGUGAGAACCUUACUCCUAGUGAGCUUCUUCAAGCUGAAACACAGUCAUGGAACCAACUCUAUUUCUUCAUAGAACAUGUAACAUUGAAAUGUGCACUUCAAUUGGACAUACCUAAUGUCAUCACCAAACAUGGCAAACCAAUGACAAUAUCAAAACUCAUGUCUUCCCUCCCUAUUAGCCCUUCAAAAUUUCCCUAUUUUCACCGCCUUACACGAAUAUUAGUUCAUUAUGGCUUCUUGAUUCUACAAAAACAUGAUGAUAACGACGUUGAUGAUGAUAAAGGGUGUUAUUCGCUUGCACCAGCUGAUCGUUAUGUAGUGAAGGACGGACCAUGGAACUCGAUGGAAGAUCAAGAUACUUUUUUCUUUAAAGCAUGGAAUUGUUUAGGUGAUUGGUUCAAGAAUGAUGAUCCUAGUGCAUUUUAUACAGCAUAUGGAGACUUAUUCUGGAGUAAACUUUCGAGUGAUCCGAGUACUGGUAGUUGGUUUAACGAAAACAUGUCUAGAGAUUCGCGAUCAUUCAUGAACGUCUUGAUUGGCAACGAGUUUAAGGAUGUGUUCGAAGGAUUGCCAUCUUUAGUGGAUGUUGGAGGAGGGACUGGAACUGUCGCAAUGUCCAUAGCUAAAAGUUUCCCUGACAUGAAAUGUAUUGUUCUUGAUCUUCCUCCUGUUGUGGCUAACUUGCAGGGAAGUGAAAACUUGGAGUUUGUAGCAGGGGAUAUGUUUCAGAAAAUCCCCCCUGCUAAUGCUGUCUUACUCAAGUCAAUUUUGCAUGAUUGGAAUGAUGAAGAAUGUGUGAAAAUUUUGAAGAACUGCAAGGAGGCAAAAACAGGAAGUGGAAAAGUUAUAAUUAUAGACAUGGUGAUGGAAAAUCCAGAAUUGGAUGAUGAAUCUGUCCAAGCACAGCUCUUCAUAGACAUGUUGAUGAUGGUUUUUGUGGGUAGCAAAGAGAGGAACAAGAAAGAAUGGGAGAAACUUUUCUUAGAUUCUGGUUUUACUAGUUACAAAAUUACUUUGACUCUUGGUUUGAAAUCUAUCAUUGAGCUCUACCCUUAG